AACAGUUGGUGAAAUCUCAGGGUUGUGCUCUGAUACAUUAACUUUGCAGAUCUGGUUUAAAGGAGCCUGUUACACCAACAGUCCUGGGGCCAGGGUGGUGGAGGACACUGUAUUUAACAAAUCUCUCCCCUUCUCCCUUCCUUCCUGGCUGGGUACACAGAACCACCAUGCCAAACUGGGGAGGUGGCAACAAAUGCGGUGCCUGUGGCCGCACUGUCUACCAUGCUGAGGAGGUGCAGUGUGAUGGGAGGAGCUUCCACCGGUGCUGCUUCCUCUGCAUGGUCUGCCGGAAAAACUUGGACAGCACAACUGUAGCGAUUCAUGAUGCUGAAGUUUACUGCAAAUCUUGCUAUGGGAAAAAGUAUGGCCCAAAAGGUUAUGGAUAUGGUCAAGGAGCAGGAACACUGAACAUGGAUAGGGGAGAGCGACUAGGCAUCAAGCCUGAGAGCACACCUUCUCCUCACCGGCCCACUACAAAUCCAAACCCUUCAAAGUUUGCUCAGAAAUUUGGAGGGGCAGAGAAAUGCUCAAGGUGUGGUGAUUCUGUUUAUGCAGCAGAGAAAGUAAUAGGAGCUGGAAAGCCAUGGCACAAAAACUGCUUCCGAUGUGCCAAGUGUGGAAAAAGCCUAGAAUCUACAACCCUAACGGAAAAAGAGGGAGAAAUCUAUUGUAAAGGUUGCUACGCAAAGAACUUUGGCCCCAAGGGAUUUGGGUAUGGCCAGGGAGCGGGUGCCCUUGUUCACGCCCAGUGAGUGGGCUAAAAACCCCUUACUGCUCUGCUGAGAUCCUGCUAGAAGGAACAAGAGGGUUUCCUUUCCUAACUGUUACUAACUACUGUGAAACAGAUACUAGUUACUGUAGUGCUUGGGUAUAACAUUCUGAAGAUGAUUUUAAAAAAACCCACAACCACUGCUUUUUUCCUUGCUUUGUGUAUCACACUGUAACACUUUUAAUACUGAGUAUCAAUUCAAUAAAGCUUUGCUUGUUGAUAUAUCCUAAA